UCUCUCUCUCUCUCUCUCUCUCUCUACAUACAUGGGCAACUCAUUCCCUUGCAUGGCUCAUGGAGCUACUCCUAAUGUUUCGAAGGAGAAGCUUCAUGGUUGCACCGUUUUCUUCAACCAACUCCAUAAGUUGAAGCAAAAGCCCAGGGCAAAAGCUCAUCGUGUAGCAAAGGAGACAAAUAAUGGCUCCAAUAUGGCUCUCUCAAAGGAUCAACACAUGAAUGAUGGUGGUGGUGGUGGUCAUGAGAAGGGGAUCAUUAGAGUGAAGGUGGUGCUCACGAAGAAGGAGGCGGCGCAGCUGCUCUCGAUGUGCGUCCACGGAGAGAAGGACGUGUCGAGAAUCGCGAGCGAGCUCAAGCGAUCGAUGGAAAUGAGUAGACUUGCGAGCGGAGUCCCGCGCCGCAUGGGGUGGCGGCCGGCGCUUGCGAGCAUCCCUGAGGAGUGGGAGUAAUGCUGUUACGCGACUGUUUCUGAGCUGUUUCCUAUCAGAUCGAUCUUUCGGGUCGUACAGUAGGCUUUUGCGCGCUCACAGGAAAUAGUUGUUAGAGAUAGAGAGAAAGAGGGGGAUCGAUAUGGGAUGAGAGGAGAUGUGAAAAGAAAAGUAGUGCUCCCCUCCCAUUGAAUGCUUAGAGAGAGAGAGAGAGAGAGAGA